CUGGAAGUCGGCAAUGGAAGUAUGUUAACAUUUUACUCUGAUUUGAACUAAUCGUUACGAACGAAGUCGGGACUUUCCGUUUACAUUCUAGCCGUAAUCAUGGUGCUGAAGGACGUGUGAAUCCACUGUGCUACGUCUAUUACAACUUUGAAGAUAUGGAAAAGAAAAAAGAAAGAAAUACAAGUAUCCCCAGAGACUUGACUGCUAGAACUGUUUCUCAAGCUGAUGAUCCAGAAACACAAGAAGUGAAACAAGAGGCGAAGAUCUCAGUAACAGAAAAUGUAGCAGAAAAAGACAUCGAUGAAAGUGAUAAGAUUAGAAAAGAGACUGAUAAAGCUGAGGAAAAUAAGAAUAAAAUGGAAAUUGGCAAAAUGGGAGAUAAUACCAACCCAUCUGAUCGAACAGGAAGAAUGCAUCAUGGAAAUAAUAAUAACACAUCUGACCGAACGGCAAGACAACGCCAAACAGGUAAUACCAACCCUACUGAUCGAACAGUAAGACAACGCCAAGGAGAUAAUAUUAACGCCACUGAACGAACGGCAAGACAGCGGCAAGGAGAUAAUACCAACGCCACUGAUCGAACGGCAAAACAGCGGCAAGGAGAUAAUACCAACGCCACUGAUCGAACGGCAAGACAGCGCCAAGGAGAUAAUAAUACCAACCUCACUGAUCGACCAGGAAAACAACGACAGACAGGAACUCCUAAUAAAUCCAAAAAAAAAAUAAUUGGCAAAACUGGUAUUGUCUUUGAAGUUGGUACAAAAAUUGAAGCAAUGGAUUACAUGAAAACUUGGUAUCCAUCCAAGAUAGUCUAUGUUGAUGAAGAGGAAAGUGAGGUUCUAAUACAUUUUGAAGGAUGGAAUCAACGGUAUGAUGAAUGGCUUCCAUUUGAUUCUAAGAGAAUUCGUCCAAUACAUAGAACAUCUACAAGAAAAGAGACUGUACAACAUACUCGUGAUGUGGUCAAGGAGUAUAAGGCAGGUGAUGUGGUGCUAGCAAGAUGGUCAGAUUGUAAGUUCUAUCCAGCAAAAAUACUGAGUGUCAAAGCAAGUGGCUCAUAUGGUGUUGUAUUCUACGAUGGAUUACAGAAAGUUAUACUGCCUCUCAAUGUGAAAACAUUGCCUGAGGAAAUGAUGGAGGAAUCUGAGGCGUUGUUUAAGGAUGUGCCAUGUGAUGUCGACAAGGAACGACCAAGAAGUGGUACUCCAAAAAAAAGAUUAGGCAGCAGAGAUUUUGAGGGUGAUAAAGAUGCAGAGAGUAAGAAACGUAAAACUCAAAGUCCAUCUUCAAAUUCAACACCAGCAUUUCAAGCUAAGAAAGCUAGAUUGGAUCAAAUAACUGGUAAAUUGGUAUUUAAAGCAACAACAUCUCCUGCAAAGAAGUCAACAUUCAAAGUGAAGAGUGAACGUUUGAGUCAGAUAACUGGAAAACUGGCCCACAAGGCAAAGACUCAGCAAGCUGUAAGAAGUGACAAAAAGUCUAGACAUAUUCAUCGGCAGCAGCAACAGCAGCAGCAACAACAGCAACAGCAACAGCAACAACAGCAGCAACAACAGCAACAGCAACAACAACAACAACAGCAGCAGCAGCAACUACUCCUACUACAGCAACAUUAUGAGCAAGAACAGUUAACUGAUUUACCACAAGAGCAUCCAGGACAUCAACAUGGCUCAGUCAUUGCGUCAUUAUUGACACAAGGUGCCUAUGCUGGAAAUACAGCUGCUGUCAGCCAAUCAACAUCUAGCAGUGGGGAAGGUUUAUAUUCUCAAUCAUCCAUGUGUGGUCCAUUGACGUCAACGGGACAUAUGUGUAUAUCACCACCACAGUCUCCAUAUGGUACACAUUAUGCAAUGCCACAGUCAUUGUCACCAUCUGCAGGAUUUCAUCAUCUUCCUCAUACAGGCUUACAUGAAACACCACCUGAUACCCCUCAAUAUCAUAGUACAUUAAUGCGCAUGUUACAAGCUAAUAACCAAACAUCUGCAGCUAGUACUACACCAACCGGACUAUUGGCUACUCCAGCAAUGUUGUCAAGUACACCAGAUGUGUUGCCAACAAAAUCACCAUCUACAAUACCUCCAGUCCAUCUUCCAAAAGCAACAACCAAAAAGGGUAAGAAAGUGAAAGGAAAGACCACAGCAGAGGCUAACCUUCACCUUGCAGCUGAGUUAGCAUUAGAGAUGGCAGAAGGGCGAAUUCGAUCUCAGGACAAAGCUAAAGUUAUUGCACAUAAAGAAACUAAGAAAUUAACUCUAACCAAAAAAGCAAUAGCUCCAAAAGAGCUUGUGAUAGACUUGGACCAUAAGAAAUUCAAAUGUGAUGUUGCUGGCUGCGACAAGGCAUUUCGAAAACAGAGUGGUCUUGAAUAUCAUACAAAAUAUUACCAUAACAACAAGUCAAAAUCAAGGAAUUCAUCUGCGACGUCAGCAGCAUCCACGUCAAAUACACUGAGUAAAAGUAGAAAAAGAUUAUCAACAUUUGACAUGUGGUAUGCAAACUACCAGGACAUGUGCAAAACUAUUAAAAGAGCAGUAAACAUAGAAUAUGGGAAGGGAGUUAAAUUAAGCAAAUUAUUAUUGAAAUAA